UGGGAUUUUGGGCUCCCGCUGCUCCCUGGAGACCAAUUGACGGCAGCAUCCAGAACGCAGGGGGGCGUGAAGAUUGAACAGUUGCAUUCCGACGGGCAGCACUCCCUUCCGCCUCACCUGCAGCUGCCGGGGACGAGGUUUACCGCGGUCAGGAUGGAGCCAGAUAAGCGCUUACCUGAGCUGCUGGCUGAGAAAAACAGCCUGGACCCAUCCUUUGUGCAUGCGUUGCGCCUCCUCGAUGAAGAGAUUGAGAAGUUUGAAGGUGAUGAACUGAGAAAAGAUGGUUGCACGAAGAAAUAUCUAGAUAUUAUCAGCAAUAAAAAUAUUAAACUCUCCGAAAGAGUUCUUAUUCCAGUCCAGCAGUAUCCAAAGUUUAACUUUGUAGGGAAGCUGCUAGGACCACGGGGAAAUUCUAUGAAAAGAUUACAAGAGGAGACGGGAGUGAAGAUGUCCAUCCUUGGCAAAGGGUCCAUGAGGGAUAAAGGAAAGGAAGAAGAGUUACGAAAAAGUGGGGAGGCCAAAUACGCCCACCUGAGUAGUGAUCUGCACGUUUUAAUUGAAGUCUUUGCUCCACCAGGAGAGGCCUACUCCCGCAUGAGCCAUGCCUUGGAGGAAAUUAAAAAAUUCCUAGUCCCAGACUACAAUGACGAGAUCAGACAGGAGCAGCUGAGAGAGUUAUCUCUGUUGAAUGGCUCUGAUGAGUCGAGCAGAGGGAGGACUGCACAAGGGAGGACUCUGCGACCAGCGAGCACAAUGUCCACAAGGGGCCACAGAGGUGCAGGACGGAGUGCAGCAGCACCUCGGGGGACAGCGACUGCGGUGCACAGUAAACUCUCCACAACGACAAGGGACGCACAAGCCCAGAGAGCAAGGGGAGCAGCAGCCAACGCCGGCUACAGGCCCCCACUCUUAGCAGUCACACACGAAGCAUACGACGACUAUGUAAGUGCAAUCCUCUUACCACACCCAGAAAAGUCUAUCUGGUAG